AUGGCCAAGGACCGCAUCACCUGUCAUAUCCUCGACACGGCCCAGGGCCGCCCGGCGACCGGCGUGCGCGUCCGCCUCGAGCUCGUCACCCCGUCGCCGUCGUCCUUUUCGUCGUCGGCCGGCGCCUCUGCCACCACCAACGGCGCGUCGGCGGCGGCCACCGCGGCCCCCCUUGAAGCGGCCCCGCACAGCCACCACCACGGCCACGCCACCCAGGUCUUUGAGUCGCAGACCAACGAGGACGGCCGCGUGACCGUGUGGCUGCCGUACUCGGCGUCCAACGCGUCCGGGGAUGUGCCGGUGUACACACUGGACGACGUCCUCGACAAGGCCGAGGCCGAGGCGGCGGCCUCGGUCGCCGGAAGCGGCAACAGCGAUGACUCGGCCGCCCCGCCGCCGCCGCCGCCCACAACGUGGACGCUGCGGUUCGACACGGACGGCUACUACGGUGCGGGCAAGGCCUUCUUCCCCGAGGUGGCGGUGACGUUCCGGGUGGCCGCGGGGCAGCACUACCACGUGCCGCUGCUGCUGAAUCCGUUCUCGUACACGACGUACCGGGGCAGCUGA